AUGUUUGUUACCGAAGGUUUCCAUGACACCAAGACGAAUGAAUGUGAUUCUAACCCGUGUCAGAACGAUGGUACAUGUUACGAUCUCAUAGAUGCCUAUAACUGCACCUGUGUACCUGGAUAUGAAGGCAAGAACUGCGAGAACCAGACGAAUGAAUGUGAUUCUAACCCGUGUCAGAACAAUGGUACAUGUUACGAUCUCAUAGAUGACUACAACUGCAUCUGUGUACCUGGAUAUGAAGGCAAGAACUGCGAGAACCAGAUGAAUGAAUGUGAUUCUAACCCGUGUCAGAACAAUGGUACAUGUUACGAUCUCAUAGAUUACUGCAUCUGUGUACCUGGAUAUGAAGGCAAGAACUGCGAGAACCAGACGAAUGAAUGUGAUUCUAACCCGUGUCAGAACAAUGGUACAUGUUACGAUCUCAUAGAUGACUACAACUGCAUCUGUGUACCUGAAUAUGAAGGCAAGAACUGCGAGAACCAGACGAAUGAAUGUGAUUCUAACCCGUGUCAGAACAAUGGUACAUGUUACGAUCUCAUAGAUGACUAUAACUGCACCUGUGUACCUGGAUAUGAAGGCAGGAACUGCGAGAACCAGACGAAUGAAUGUGAUUCUAACCCGUGUCAGAACAAUGGUACAUGUUACGAUCUCAUAGAUGACUAUAACUGCAUCUGUGUACCUGGAUAUGAAGGCAAGAACUGCGAGAACCGUAAGUCGUUUCCAUAG